AUGUUUUCAAAGCUAACAAGCCUCUUUACUGAAAAUUUAAACUUAUCUGAAAUGAAUGAUAAUCCAGAGGCACAGAGAGAAGGAUAUAACAGAAUUUUAAAUUUGACAGAUGAAGAAUUAAUUGGAACGUUAUGUUUGGAACCAGCUACAACUGAACCACAAGUAAGCAGAAUAUAUCAAAGUUAUCAAUCUGACCGUUUUGUUGCUGCUCUACUUGAUCCAAGAACUUCUUCUGAAUACAAAUUUAAUGAGAUUUGUCAAAUUGUGGAACCCCAAAAUGUUGAAUAUAAGCGAUUUGCUGUUAAAUUAAAGGUGAAAAGUCAUCCUACAAAAGCAUUAAGUGAAGAAGAUAUCAAUAACAUCAAAGCUUACCUUGAUAAGGGUGAAUCAGGAGAAUACAUUAACAUACUUAUGAAACAAGACUUGAAUAUUUCAGAUUUUCUAAAUUAUGUGAAUGAGGUUGGUUCUUUAAAAUCUGAUGAGGAAAUUGAUGAUGAUAUUUGCAAAAUUAACAGUGAAAGAAUUCCAAGAAUUUUAAUAUUUGUUAGCAAGCCUGAAUUCUUCAGCUGUUUCCUUAAAUUAUUAAAUUUUUAUUUAAACUCAUUAGAAGAAAGUUCAAGUUAUUGUUCACGAUAUGUUUUGAUUGGUAAAGUUAUUCAAAGACAAGACUCAGAUUAUAUGAGCAUUAAAGGAACAAUACCUCAUCGUAACUGUGUUUAUAUCUUCAGACCACUUAAUUUGGACUAUUACAAAUGUGUCAAUGAUGAGCUUUUAAAAAGCUUUUCAAAUAGUUUCGAAACGGUUGACCUUAAAAAUCCCAAAUAUGGUGACCAUAGGUUCUAUUCGAUAUAUGAUAUGGAAUGUGCAAAUGAUAAAAUUAAUAUCAAGACCAAUAACAACUUGAAUGAAAAGGAUCCUUUACCGGAAUAUUCAAUUAUUGAAUAA